AUGAAUCCCAUUUCUAAAAACUGGAUUUCUUUAAAAACAGGAUUUGUCAACAGGCAGCACACAGGAAAGGGCAAAACGAAUUUCUAUAAGGCACAAAUCAAUCUUCAGCAGAUCAAAGGUCUCCUUCAGUUUUCUCAGGGUCUACGGUUGAGGCAGAUAGACAUGAUGGAUGACAGUAUUGCAAGCAGUUCAGCGACUCUUAGUAAAAUGGCAAAGGAAAUAAGGGAAGUCUGUGUCACAGCAGUUGAAUGGAUGAGAAGACAUACAGGCCAGCAGAUAGGUGGAAGAAGAGAGUUUGUUGUGAUCGACGAAAGCCAUUUUCGGCACAAAAGAAAGUAUGGUAGAGGAAGAAUGGCUGGCGGGUGGAAAAGAAAGAAAUGGGUCUUUGGGAUGUUAGGUGUGAGGCAUCAGCAGCAGCAAAUCUCUAGAAAACCUAUUCUUCGUCUUCUGGAGAGAAGAUCUCGAAGACAUCUAGUCCCCUUGAUUGUGCAUCAUGUGAGGCCUGGGUCAUCAAUUAUCAGUGAUGAGUGCCGUGCCUAUCGCAUACUCCCUGCACUAGGGUACAACCAUCACACUGUCAACCACAGCAGGUGGUAUGUAGAUCCCCAGCAUAUUGAGAGGGGCUGGAGAUCCUACAAAGAGCAAAUCUAGAGUCUCAUAUUCAGUCACAACCAGAACACUUUCAUAUCAAAUUGAUUUAACAUUUGUUCAAUAUUUGUUUUCCUA